AUGCUCCUCAUCGAGUUUUUGGUCUCGGCCCUAGCGGUUGUUUGCCAUGCGGGUCUUUUAGAAGAACGUCAACAUCAUGGAACCUCGUGGAGUUUGUACGUCUACGGAGGUAAAAUCAAUGGACUCCCCGUGCUCUAUGGAGACGGCUUGGCCAAAAUCGGCUAUGCUUCGAAUUCCACUGCAACGGCUGGGAGGAAUGUGUACUGUAAGCCUUGA